AUGAGUGAUCAUGGAAUAAGAUUUGGUAAACCUCGACUGCAGAUAGAAUCCUAUUACGAUAAUAGAAUGCCUUUUCUUUUCUUCUGGAUCCCCAAUGAAUUUAGAAUAAGAUAUCCGGAAAAACUGAAAGGAUUAUUGAUCAAUCAGUUCAGAUUGAUAACGCCUUACGAUUUGUUCGCCACUCUUCAAGAGAUAAAUAACUUAGCUAACAUUAAUUUACUUAUAAACCGAGACAACAUAAGAGGCAAUUACGAUAAUGGAAUAGAAAGACAAAGCAUGUUUAAAAUUGUAGGGUACAACACGUUUCCAAAUAUGAUGGCUCUACUCACUGGAAAGAAUAUGUCAACGGUAUAUAAAACAUGUUCUUCAGGUAUGGACCAUUGUAAUGAUAUGAUAAUAUGGUCAGAUUUUAAAAAAGCUGGCUACAUAACUGCUACUGGAGAAGACAAUUUACGACUACCUGACACAUUUUCAAAAUACGGCUACGUGUCUGCGCCUACAGAUCACUACUUGAGACCGCUCUUUCUGACGGGGGAAGAUACAAUUGGAAACCUUGUUUGUACUGAAAAACUAUCGUCAGUUAAGCAUAUUCUAGAUUAUGCCAUAGACUUCGUUAAUUCUUAUAGCAAUCAAAAAUCUUUUGGAAUGUUUUGGACUAACUCAUACAGCCACAAUUUAAAUAAUAUCCCAUCUCUGAUAGAUCAAGAUUUAGUGAGUUCCUUCCAAAAAAUGUACAAAUCUGAGAGUUUGAGAAAUACUUUUAUAUUUUUUCUAAGUGAUCAUGGCAUACGAUAUGGUAAGUCAAGAAUUCCAUAUGAAUCGUAUUAUGAAGAACGGUUGCCAAUGUUAUUCUUACGAGUUCCUGAGGAAUUCAGAAAAAAAUAUGUGAAAGAAUAUAUGAAUAUGCAAAUUAAUCAGAAAAGAAUGGUAACAGCAUACGACUUGUAUCUUACAUUUUGGAAUAUUCUUGAAAACUCUACCACUAGUGACAUAAUAGAUACUUGCCGAAGCUGUUUAAGUAUAUUCAAUGAAAUUUCCCCACAUCGAACUUGCGCUGAUGCUGGUGUUCAUGAUAAAUGGUGCACUUGCCACAAAUUAAAUUCAAUAAAUAAAAGUGACUCUGACGUAACGCGUUGCAUAAAAUUAACUGAGGAAUAUCUACAAAAUGUAAUAAAAGGAAUCAAAACUAUAGAUUGCAAUAAAUGCGAAAGUUUAAAAAUAAAAUCAGUCCUAAGAACACAUACGUAUAAUGAUGAAAUAAGGAACAAUACUUUUUUUGUGGUGGCAUUUACUACUACUCCUGGUGAUGUGGGAUACGAAGCGGUAAUUCUGAAACAUAAAAAUGAAUUCACAGUGUUCCCGAUUGAAACUAUAACAGCCUACAAUACUAGAGGUAGUUGUGUUAAAAACCCUAACGAUAGAGCAUUCUGUGUAUGUAAGACAAGUUGUUGA